AUGUCAGCAGCGAGAAUAGUAGAGAAUACGGCAGACUGGGAGAACGGUUUGUUUGGAUGUUUCGGGGACUGUGGUUUAUGCCUCGUCACGUCGUUUCUGCCUUGCUGCACCGCGGGGAAAAACGCACAGGCUGUUGGUAAAUCGUGCUUGGUCCACUCGCUUCUCGGUCUGAUUCCAGUCGUUGGAUGUGUUUGUCAGUCCGGCGUGAGAAGAGACAUUAGGGAACAACGGUCAAUCGACGGCUCUUGCUGCGGUGACUAUUUGGUUCAUCUUCUAUGUGGGUGCUGUGCCUUAAUACAAGAAGGCCGAGAGUUGAAGACUCCGAGUCCAAACGCGGUAGGAGUAGUGGUCGACCAACCAAGGGGAAAUGAAAUUAGACCGAAUUAA